GAGAAAGUGACGCUCUCUUUCUGGCCAUGGACAUAGAACCCAGCCUGAGAUGGCGUGCCCGUGCCACCCCGCGACACGUACUGCCAAGCUACUCUUCACAUCGACCAAGCCACGUGGCUGGAAUGGUUGCUGGACUUUUGAAGGGCCAAUCCGGCAGUGGAUGGUUAAGCCUUGGAUUUGUCCUGAGAGUGUUGGGUGUAUUCUUGAGAAGUCAUUCACGUCCUGAGCAUGCCGCUUUUGGCCGUCGUAAGUGCAUGCUUUCAAGACCUUCGCACGAGCGACCCACUGGACGGAAAAGAACGGUGAACUUUCUCAACAGUCCAACUCGACCUGGAACACAAGGGAGGACUGGCAGCGCCAAGGCCAGGAAAUUGCGACACAGCCUUAAGCAGUGCAAACGUCCUCAGAAGCUGAUGAACAUCAUCCAUGCGGCCAUCUCUGAUGGCAUUCUGGAACCCAGCGUAGUUGGGGCGGCCAUGCAAACUUGUGGCUUCAUGGGCUGGUGGAAUGAAUUGCUCGAGCUCCUCACUCCUCACGAUUCAGCAAGAGCAAGGGGUGGUGCUAACACCAUCCUUGCACAAUAUCGCCUUGACUGCGCUUUCGGGCUCUUUGAGAAAGAGGGGAGCCUUCGGAAUUGUGGGCUCACGGGCAGCAGUUGCGUUGACCUUGGCCAAGCGGCUGGGAAGAGAAGCGGAGGCACCACCUAAUCCAGAUGAGUUUAAUUGUGGCCUAAGCAGUGCUCUAAAGCUGGCCACCAACAUUAACUCCGAUGCAGCCUGCGCUUGGGGUUGUGAGGUUUGGGAGCAAUCAAAAGAUAUUGCUUUCCCAAAGAGCAAGAUCACGCACAGCACCUACAUCCAGUUCCUUGAACAGUACGAACAUUGUGAAGAGGUGGAUGCAAUCUUGGAAGCUGAUUCUCUCAAAAAGCAACCGGUUCUGAACUAUGUUGUGUUGGGAGGCUUGCUUGACUGUGUAUCCUCCCGGAAGGAUUGGAACAGGGCAGAGGGUAUUUGGGAAAUGUGUAUGCAAAAUAACAUUGAACCAAACUUGAUUUGCUUCCGCGCACGAGCAAAAGUACAUCUUUUGGCAGGGCGUCCGACGAUGGCAUUGCAAGUCUUGCAAAGUGCGCUGGAUAUGUGGGGUCUUUGUAUUCAUGAAGAUGCACGAACGGCCACAGAGUAUGCGCAGUCCUUGCUGAUUGUUUGCCAUUCAUCACUGGAUCCUGCUGCGAUGGAACACCUACAGACAUUUUUGAAAAGCGGAUAUUUCAGAGUUGAAGCAGAGUCAACGGCUUUAAUAAGAAGCUGCCUCUUGGAAAUGGAGGCCCUUGCGAAGUCCUUCCUUGCACAGCCAAAUGACCUUCGACUUCAUGAUCUCUUGGUGGAAUGGAAGGCCAAAGAACUCAGUGUCAUGUCUCAAUGGAAGAACUUUCGGGCUGGUGGCAACUACCUGCCGGAUUCUCAGGAGGUUGAAGUCUCCUUCACUAGUUUUGGGCUUUGAGCGAUGAUUCCUUUUCGAGUGCCAUAAAGAAGGCCUAUUUGCACGCCAUGGACGAGAAGGUGGUGCGUACGAUUCUGUUUUAGACCAAAGCAGGUCAUUCAUAGCACCUGACAUCCACACAGACAUCCGAACCUGAACAAACCAUGUAGGUUUUGGUACUCGAUCACAAAGGUCAUAGGUCUGUGUUCAUCUACGCAUCUACUCUGUGGUGGGAGUAGCACCACCACCAUGUAGCAGUGCACCUUCUCUGGCAGAUGGAGACAUUGGAUGAAAUUGGCAAGGCGG